UAACAUGCUCUGUCUUACAGGUUAAAGAGAGAGUAAAAUGGAAUGGGAAAACCACACCAUUCUGGUGGAAUUUUUUCUGAAGGGACUUUCUGGUUACCCAAGACUUGAGUUACUCUUGUUUGCACUAAUCUUCAUAAUGUAUGUGGUCAUCCUUCUGGGAAAUGGUACUGUCAUUUUAAUCAGCAUCUUGGAUCCUCACCUUCACACCCCUAUGUACUUCUUUCUGGGGAACCUCUCCUUCUUGGACAUCUGCUACACCACCACCUCUAUUCCCUCCACCUUGGUGAGCUUCCUUUCAGAAAGAAAGACCAUUUCCCUUUUUGGCUGUGCAGUGCAGAUGUUCCUUGGCUUGGCCAUGGGGACAACAGAGUGUGUACUUCUGGGCAUGACGGCCUUUGACUGCUAUGUGGCUGUCUGCAACCCUCUGAGAUAUCCCAUCAUCAUGAGCAAGGAUGCCUAUGUGUCCAUGGCAGCUGGGUCCUGGAUUAUAGGAGCCAUCAAUUCUGCAGUACAAACAGUGUUUGUGGUACAAUUGCCUUUCUGCAGGAAUAACAUCAUCAAUCAUUUCACCUAUGAAAUUCUGGUUGUCAUGAAAUUGGCCUGUGCUGACAUCUCAGGCAAUGAGUUCAUCAUGCUUAUGGCCACAACAUUGUUCAUACUGACACCUUUGUUAUUAAUCAUUGUCUCUUACACGUUAAUCAUUGUGAGCAUCUUCAAAAUUAGCUCUUCUGAGGGGAGAAGCAAAGCUUUCUCUACCUGCUCAGCCCAUCUGACUGUGGUCAUAAUAUUCUAUGGGACCAUCCUCUUCAUGUACCUGAAGCCCAAGUCUAAAAUGACACUUAAUUCAGACUACUUAGAAGCUACCGACAAAAUUAUAUCCAUAUUCUAUGGGGUGAUGACUCCCAUGUUGAAUCCUUUAAUCUACAGUCUUAGAAACAAGGAUGUGAAGGAGGCAGUGAAACACCUACUGGACAGAAGGUUCUUUAGCAAGUGAGUGCAAAAUGUACUGGAGUGUG